AUGUGUUGCGAGGGUUGCUUUGGGAUCCAUGCCCAAUGUUCUUGCCCUAUAGCAGGCGAACGAACUGCCGACUUCAGCCUUGCCAGGUACGAGGUGGAGGUGCACGUGCUGAAGGAAUUUGGCAUGCCUGAGGUCGAGGAUUGGCUGUUGGUUUGCACUCCCAAGACGUGGCCCGUGGCGCCUUCGAAGUCGGACUAUGCUUCGAUAAAGUUCGCAGAAAUGCGAAGAUGGGCGGUGGAGGUGAACCGGCUUUGCCACCAAAGCCAGACUGGCUAUGUGGAGUGGCGGAGUUUGCAAUCUCGGAUGAGGCCAAUUCUGAUGGCGUCUUUGGCGCCACUUCAAUUCAAGGCAGCCCGCACCCAGGAAAAACUCCGGACAGGGCUAGCGCACAUUCAGCAUGUUUACGAAGUUUAA